UAAUGAUAAAUUAGCGUUCCGAGUGUCUUCACCUCUUGUUCCUCUGCAGCUCUGCUUCUUCUUCUCUCCUCCAUUUUCUUCCCAAACAUGUUUUGAAUAUCUUUGUUUGCUUCCUCCAACAAAAUAAAGCUCAGUACGCACAAGCUUUCGGCUUCUCUGUUUCAGAAUAGAAACAGCCACAUCAACGAGAAGAUUUACCAAGAAAAAAGCUUCAAUGGAGUUACUGAACCCGAACUUGCCUCAUGGUGCUAACAUUGGCGGUGACAUCUCGUUGAUGCUUGAGCUUCCAGAAAAUGACAGGUUCUUCAAGAAAAAGAAGAAACUGCUGGAAGACAUGGGUUCUCAUGCCAAACAUACAUCCAUACAUAGCUUUGCAAGUCCUGGUGAAGUUGAGUCUUCUUUACUUUUGAUGCUUGAGAGAGCUAGAAUCAUAAACUUAGAUGAGCUGGAACUUUACUUUGGUGGCGAAGAUGUCAAGGACAUGGUAGGCUUUAAUAGUCCAAGGAAUGAGAUGGAAGCCUUGAAUUCAAUUCUUACAGCCAUUGCUAAGUUGGACGGAGAACAUUGUUCAACCACCACAUUGGAAGAAUUACGAGUUGCAGCUGUCAACUUGAUUUCUGAAUUGGGAAAGAAAUGUAAAGAGGAGAGCAAAGUUGUUACUCGGUCUAGCUGUGAGGCAGAGAAAUGUUUACAACAGUGGGGCGAAGACCAAGGUGUGAAGUCACAAUUGGAGAUAUCUUACUUUGAAGGAGCUGGAAGGGGAGCCAUUGCAAGACAAGAUCUGAGAAUUGGAGACAUUGCCUUGGAGAUCCCUUUAUCCAUUGUCAUUUCAGAUGAUCUUGUGCAUGAAUAUUACAUGUAUUCCAUUUUGGAAAAGAUCGAGGGCAUGUCAGCAGAAACAAUGUUACUGUUGUGGAGCAUGAAGGAGAAGCACAACCCUGAUUCCAAAUUUAAGUUGUACUUUGAUACGCUGCCAGAGGUAUUUAAUACAGGUUUGAGUUUUGGAAUGGAGGCUAUAAUGGCUUUAGAUGGAACCUUGCUGCUAGAAGAGAUUGUCCAAGCAAAAGAGCACUUGCGUGCACAAUAUGAUGAACUAUUUCCAUCCCUAUGCAAUGAUCACCCAGAUGUAUUUCCUCCGGAGCAAUACAGAUGGGAGCAGUUCUUAUGGGCUUGUGAACUUUGGUACUCCAAUAGCAUGAAAAUUAUGUUUACUGAUGGAAAGCUAAGAACCUGCUUGAUUCCAAUUGCAGGUUUUCUUAAUCAUUCGACUUGUCCACACAUAAUGCACUAUGGGAAAGUUGAUUCCACGACAAAUUCUAUAAAAUUUCCUUUGUCAAGGUCGUGUAAUGCAGGGCAACAAUGUUUUCUUGGCUACGGGAGCUUCUCUAGUUCUCAUCUACUGACCUUCUAUGGUUUUCUACCACAACUAGAUAACUACUAUGAUGUGAUUCCGCUAGAUAUUGAUGUUGCAAGCAAUGAUGAUUGUGCAGACACAGACCCUACACCUGAUUGGACCUCCCAUAUGGUCCGUGGAACUUGGUUCUCAAAGAAUCACGGCAUCUUCCAUUAUGGGUUACCAGCGCCUCUACUGGAUCGUAUGCGUAGAUCUCGGAAUCCUUCCUUGCAGUCGAUGACCCUUACACCAGAGAACUUAGAAAUUGAACUCGACAUACUUAGGGACCUUUGUUCUAUGUUCGAAGAGAUGCGGGAUGGACUAGGAGAUCCUGAAUUGGAUAACAGGGAGACCACAAGUUGUGAUGUAAAGCUUGCAGUGGAUUUCAAAGAUUUACAGAGGAGGAUUUUUUCCUCCAUUGUUGCUUCAUGUCAGGCAGGAUGUGAGUUGGUAGAAUGUGAACUGCAAAUAUACACAUUAUAACAACAGUGCUGAAGCUCUUCUAUGUUUUAGAAUUGUUAAAUUAUUAUUGCAAGUUAUUUUAUUUAGAUGAAUCUAGUCAACUGGUUAGCCCUUUUAAUUAGGAGUUGAAUUCUAUUUGAAUUUUGAAUAAGUUGUAUUUUACACACUUUAGGAGUGGUAUUUUCAAUACAUCUUUUUGUUUAUUUUUA